AUGGGCCUGCGCGGGUGGUUUGCGUCGUGCUUUGGCGGCGACACUCGAGUCCGUCCGCAGUCGGUCGCUGUCUACUACGGUUCCGAGUCGGGCGGGACGAAAGCACUGGCGCUGCGCCUCGGACGGCUUGGUGCGGCGCGUGCGAUCUCGAUCACGGUCCACGGGCUCGAGACGUUUGACGCGCGGCAGCUCGUCGGCGGCCGGCGCUACAUCUUUAUGACGGCCUCGUACGGAACCGGCGGCCCCACGACGAACGCGAAUUCGUUCUUCCAGUGGCUCAAGACGUCGAGCGCGCCGAUCACGAUCGAGUUUUGCGUCUUUGGCGUCGGCAGCUCGAUUUACGCCGACUCGUACAACGGAAUGGGCAAGGCCGUCGACGCCCAGCUCGCCGCGCGUGGCGGUCACCGCUUCUACGCGCUCGGACUCGGUGAUUCGUUCAACGACUUGGAGCGUGACUUCCUGACAUGGGAAGGUGGGCUCUGGGCAGCACUGGCAACCACCCCCGUAGCAUCCACUGCCCCGACCCUGAAAUCGCCAUUCCAGCUCCAUCGCACCAAGCCCGACACCGCGCCGUUGGCACCCAGCGCCACACCGCCGUGCGUGCCGCUGCACUGGACAUCGCUCACGUACCAUCCCAACGCUGGCGUUGUUGUCGCGACGGUUGCCUUGGGUGACACGACUGCGCGGGCCCGGGGCACAGACCACCUGGUCGUCUACCCGUGCAACCCCGAUGGCGUUGUCGAGAGUCUAGCGCGCCGUUGCAAUGCGUCGCUCGACCACUACGUGACGUACACUGGCGACGAUGCCCCGUUUCGUACACCGGCGACGGUUCGGUCCGUGCUCACGCAUGAGGUCGACUGCCAAAGCAUUUCGCGCAGCCUCCUAUCGGGUCUGGCGCCGUGGGCCACCGACGACGGCGAGCGGUCGCAACUCGCUCACCUUGGGUCCCUCGACGGCGCAACAGCGUACGCUGACCUGCCCCACUACACGGUGAUGGGCGUGCUCACGCAAUUUGCGUCCACGCAGCUCUCCCUCGUCGACCUCCUGCCGCUACUGUCGCCCAUGGCGCCACGGAGCUAUACGAUCGCGUCGCACACGCUGGAGGCGCCCACCUUGGACCUCGUCAUCGCAGUGCCGCCGCCAUCGUCCGAUGCCACUUUGCACUUUGGCGUCAUGGCGACAUACCUGCAUGCGCUCGGGUCUCUCGGACCCGACGCGGUAGUGCCGCUGCGCGGCUACACCAAGCCGUCGACGUAUAGCUUUCCAACGGACGUGUCGCGACCGCUGCUUAUGAUCGCCGCGGGCUCGGGCAUCGCACCAAUGCGGGCGCUAUGGCAGCAACGACCUGCCACCUGCGGCCCGAUGCACCUCUUUUUCGGGUGCCGCACGUCAUCCGCGCGGCUCUUUGAGGACGAAUUGCUGCAGCGCGGCGUGCAGACCCACUAUGCCUACUCGCGCGACGCGUCGGCGGGUCCCACCAUGUACGUACAAGACAUGGUCGCGAGCCAAAUGGCGUGGGUCCAGGUAGCCAUUUUGGAAGAGGACGCGAGUGUGUUUGUCUGCGGCCGCCAGCGCAUGGUGUCCCAAGUCCGCGAUGUCCUCCAGCGACACCUCUCGGCCGAGCAGUGGACAUCCUUUGCGCAUUCUCCGCGCUACCAAGAAGAAGUGUUUGGAUAG